AUUGCAGCCUCAGAAGGAAGGAACCAAUGAAUGAUGGCCAGCGACUCAGCGCUUCCCCCAAGUGGAUAAGAGUGGAAUAGCACCCAAAGCGCCGCUGCCGCCCAGGCUCCAGCCAAGGCACAGCAGCAGUGCCUGGCGCUGUGGUGCUGGAGUCUGAAUUCCUGGUGCAACCUUGGGCCACACAGCAAGAUCUUCCUCCGGUUUCCAGGUGAACUCUCCACAGCAGGGACAUUUCCUCCCUGUAUCUUCCUGGUUUUCUGCUUCCAAGGCUCCCACUGCCCACCCCAGAUGGGCCAACAGUUUAGUGACUGGACCUGGAGUACUCAGCAGGAAGGCCGGGAAAGGAGCCCACUCAGCAGCCACGUGCCCCAAGGGCUUCAGAGAGUGGUGGGAAAGUCCUCAAUGGUGACCCUGAAGGACACAGCCCUACACAACCUGCCUGGCCAGGGUGGAGGAAAGCAGCAGCCAGGGCCAGACACAGAGGAUGAGGGCUGGGACCAGGAGCUGCUGUGGGCUGCAGCCCUAGUGGAUAUGGCUGAGACCAGGCUAGGUGUGGCCCUGCCUCAGGGCCCAGCAGUCCCUGAGCAGCCUCGCAUUUAAACCCAUCUGAGAAAAGAAACAACCGACAGCGGUGGUCUCCUCUGGCGCCCCGUCCCUCCACGGCCCCGCCCCACCAGAGAGCUGCAAUCACGUGAUCGCGGAGCGGUCAACUGAUUGCACCGGAAGUUGACACCAGCGAGCUUCCGGCGCCAUGAGGUUCCGGUUCUGCGGGGACCUGGACUGUCCUGACUGGGUCUUGGCGGAGAUCAGCACGCUGGCCAAGAUAUCCUCUGUGAAGCUGCGGCUGCUGUGUAGCCAGGUGCUGAAGGAGCUUCUGGGACAGGGGAUUGAUUAUGAGAAGAUCCUGAAGCUUACAGCGGACGCCAAGUUUGAAUCUGGUGAUGUGAAGGCCACAGUGGCAGUGCUGAGCUUUAUCCUGUCCAGUGCAGCCAAGCACAGUGUGGAUGGCGAUUCCCUGUCCAGUGAGCUGCAGCAGCUGGGGCUUCCCAAAGAGCAUGCAGCCAGCCUGUGCCGCUGUUAUGAGGAGAAGCAAGGCGCCCUGCAGGAGACCCUGCGUGCCUGCAGCCUUCGCCUGAACAGGCUGGCGGGCGUGGGCUGGCGGGUAGACUAUACCCUGUGCUCCAGCCUGCUGCGCUCUGUGGAGGAGCCCGUGGUACACCUGCAGCUGGAGGUGGCAGGGGCCCCUGGUGCCCGGGCCCAGCCUGUGGCCAUGGUCCUGUCGGCUGACAAGUUCCAGGUCCUCCUGGCAGAGCUGAAACAGGCCCAGGCCCUAAUGAGCACCUUGGGCUGAGGAGGAGGAGGAACCCAGCUGCCAGUCUGUGUCAAGCCACUGUCCCCCAACUUCAGGAGUGGCCUCAUUUCUGCAUGGGGGGCUUGGCCGAGGUCUUCUGCAUCCACUGCUUUCCCAGUGGAGAGUUCAGCACGGGCUCCUGAGGGCCUUUCUGCAUUAUUUCCCUCUCCUCGAGGGCAGGAAGAAUAAAGAAAGCAUAAAGGAGAA